AUGCAAAGUUUAGCUGAAAUCAUGCCAAUCACAAUUAAACAAAUUUUUGACGAUCAGGACGAUGAUAAAUAUAAAUAUGGCGUUCAAUGCUCCUUCGUGCCCAAGAAAAUCAUUUAUGAAAACGACACGGUAAUGAACGAUAGUAAUGAUAAAAGCAUUGAUGCAAUUACUACUACUACAGAUAAUAAGACAGCAUUACAUUUACAAUCGAAAUGGAAACCAGUAUUUAGUGUAACUUUGAUCAUAUGGAUAUGCUUAUUUAUAUUCUUUGUGAUUUUGAUUAUUAUAUUCGGAGCAGUAAGUGGAAUCUAUCUACAUCGAACAUUACAAAAUAAUUCUCAAUUACAAGAAAAUAUUCUGGCUAAAAAAGAAAAGUCUAACGAGACAAUACAACGACUGGCCAACGAACUGAAAUAUAUGCAGAAUAUUCCAAAGAUUGCAUUCGAUGCUCAAUGGUCACCGAGUGGUGAGACUGUCGCUGGAGGUAAUGGAAUCGGCAGUGCCACCAAUCAACUACAGUACCCUUGGGGUCUCCUCGUUGAUGAUGAUCAAUCAAUUAUCAUUGCUGACUUCAGGAAUCAUCGUAUCGUUCAAUGGAAGAAAGGUAAUACGACGAAUGGACAAAUUGUUGCUGGUGGCAAAGGAGAAGGAAAUGAAUUGAAUCAAUUGAAUGGCCCAACUGAUGUAUUGAUCGACAAAGAAACGGAUGGUCUCAUUAUUUGCGAUCGAAAUAAUCAACGAGUUGUACGAUGGCUUCAUCGUAUUGGCACAACACAAGGGAAAGUCCUUAUUGACAACAUCAUGUGUAAUGGGUUGGCUAUGGACGAUCUUAGAUAUUUGUACGUCUCUGAUAUCGAAAAACAUGAAGUAAGACGAUAUCAACUGGGUGACAGGAAUGGAACUCUUGUAGCUGGUGGCAAUGGUCAAGGUGCUGAUCUCAAUCAACUGAAUCGCCCUUAUUACAUAUUUGUCGAUCGUCAACAGAAUGUCUACGUGUCAGACAACAACAAUGAUCGUGUAGUGAAAUGGGCUAAAGGUGCAAAAGAUGGCAUUCUUGUAGCUGGAGGUCAAGGCCAAGGAAGUGCUCUUACACAAUUGUUGCAUCCUCUAGGACUCUUCGUCGAUACUUUGGAUACUCUCUAUGUGGCAGACCAAUGGAAUCACCGUGUUAUGCGUUGGCCUCAAGGAGCAAAACAAAUUAUUGUGAUUGUGGGUGGAAAUGGCUCAGGUGCGAGAGAAGAUCAAUUUCACUAUCCUUAUGGUUUGCUCCUCGAUCGAAAUGGCAACCUCUAUGUCGUCGAUCAAUGGAAUCAUCGUGUUCAACGAUUUUCUAUUAUAUAG